AGUGUUCCCACGUCUCGGCUGAGUGGCGCAUACCAAAAGGCUUUGUCUUUUGGGUUCUGAAGAGGUCAGUGGCCUGCUUUAAACAUUACAGUCAAACGCAAGGACAAAUAACAGUUAUUCAACGGUUGUACAAAAUAACAACUCUGCCAGUUCAAUAAUGCGUGCCUGAAUAAAGAAACAAUUCCUCCUGAAGUACACCCCUGCAAGCUGUGGAAGAUCCCAAAAAUGGCAGCAGUUCCUAUCAGAGGAGAGUGGAACUUUCCUAUUUUUCUUCCAAUUUUGUCAACUGUCGGGAAAAUUCUCCCCACUGCGUUGAUAUUUUGAUUUAACUAAACAUUAACGGACUAAAGAGAGUGUGGAAGCCAUAUCUGACUGGCUGACUUGGUUCGGGGCUUCGUGUUUGUUUGGCAGGUCACCGGGCUUCCCUCGAACUUGACGCCGCUCUUCUUGUCACAGCCUCCCCUGACAACAGCCAACUGAAAGCGGAACUUUCAGGUGAGAUUGGACAUCGGUGGUAGCUAGCUAGUUAGCUUGCCGACCGAAGAGCGCCGAAAACAAGCCGGCGUUGUGUUUUUCAUUUAGCUGGGAUCCGUCGAGGCAGCUCUGAGAUCCAGGAAACGUGUCGCGUCACUUGUCAGAGGAAAUAAAUAUCUGGUGUUAGAUGUCAGCACCAGUCAGAGUCGCACUGUCUUUCUUCUGCUGUUAUCAUUUAUCCUAGCCAAUCACAUGGAGAAGCUCCAGGAUUUGGACCAAUCAGAGCUACAGGAGCUCCUUGAACAUCCAGAGAGGGUGGAGUCUAUGGCUCUAGAGUCGGAUGAGAUCCAGAAUAUCCAGCUGGAGAGAGAGAUGGCGCUGGCAUCCAAUCGCAGCCUGGCAGAGCAAAACCUGGACAUAAAACCUCGCUUAGAGUCCCUGAAAGAGGCGUUGGUGGCAAGAUACUCUCAGCUAGAAGCCAUCAGAGAAACCUACAGACAGCACUGCUCCCAAAGAGAGGGGAUGGUGGGCCAGGUCUCGCCUGAAGCAUUCUUCUCAAGACUACAGACAGAAAGUGAAAAAACAGAGUCCGAGUCAGAGGCUCUGGCUGAUGAGUUUCUGGAGGGCUCUCUGCCACUGGACUCAUUCUUUGAGCGUUUCCUCCUCCUGCGCUCACUUGCUCACAAAAGACGUGUGCAGAUGGAGAAACUCCAAGAAAUCCUGCGACAGCGGGACAAGAGCAAUCCAACUACCAUGACAUCAUCAGCAGGCAUCACCCCACAUCCUGUCGUCACGCCCUCAUCAUGGAACCUACCAACAACAACAGCUACCACAACAAAUCAGCAGCAGCCAAACUCCAACCCUCAAUCCUCCAUCUACCUAAACUCCUCUCAGUCAACCUCCUCAUCUGCAGUUGGAACCCCUGGGCUUCCAUACAGCCCAUACCCUGCUUCCCCUCCUAACCCCCCUUCUGCAGUGGCAGCAGCAGGGCCGAUCCCAAGCAAUCCACCAUCACAGUUUAGUCCUUACCCAAGUUCUGGCUCAUCUUUCACCCCAGCUGCAGGCUACUCUGGGCCCAGACCUGCAUUCGGGCCUCCUUCCUCGGUCACCUGCCCUUAUCCAACCCAGCACCCCUUUCCUGCUCCACAUCCUGGCUCAGCAUUUGGUCAAUACACCCCCAGCCACCCCACCAGUGGCCCGGCACCCUACCCAGCAUCCUACAGCUAUGGGGGCUACAGCUACCCAGCCGGGCCUGCGUAUUCCAGUUCUCAGUCUCCAACAGGAAAGCCCAUCUACAGAGCAGGAUAUGGAGUUCCCCAGCCAUACUCCUGAAAGCACUGCUGCUGCUGCUGCUGCUUGGGCUCUGUUCCUUUCUUCCUCUCACACUCCUCUCUUGCUUAUUUGUCUUCCUUGAGAUUUUUUUCUUUGUCUCUACUACCCUCUACCCUGCUUCUUUCUUUCACACACAAUCUCACACUCCACAGGUCUCUUGCUUUACUUAACUUUGUUGCACUAUUUCAAUAAAUCAGUCUUAAACAUCUGUCCUCAGUCCUUUCCCCCUCCCACGCCCUUUGACCCACAUCCCCACCCUCAUCACCACACUAGUCUCAGGUUGUUGCAUUGCUUUGAGGUGUUCAAUCACUUGUAUGUGGCUCUUCACGUCCUCGCUGUGUCGCCUUCCCCCUUCUUCAUCUCCCUGUGGAAGUGAUGUUCUGUCCCAGUCAGAAAGUUCCACAUGUGAACUUCCCCAUCAUAUUCAUGGCAAAGAUGAGUUGUUGUAACACUACAAACAAUGUGAACCAGUUGUGUCUCUCUGCUUCACAUGAAUAUUUAUUAGUGAACUGCUUGUGAUGGAGCGUCAUGGGAAAAUGAAUACAGGUGAAAGUGAAACAUCUGUGGUUGAAGCAAAGCAUGGUUUCUUUAUUAAGGCGUUAGCAGGUGUAGGGAUUUUAUUGCAGCUUUGGUUUGUUCGCCUUUUGAUUGGGUCUCCUUGUGGCAGGUGAAUGUCUUCAUGCAAUAGCUUGUGUUCAGCUAAACUUUCAGUAAUCUCCCAAAUCAGCCCCACUUUCUGUUUUCAGAAACCAAAGAAACUUCAUUUUGUUUAAUGUGUUGGUUGAUGACAUUUUUCAUUUACACUUUUAAAUUGUUCAGUCAAUUCAUUUUGAGUUAUCUUCAGAGCAAUAUGCUGUUACUGACUUUAGAAGAAGCAGUCUUAAUAUACUCUGAUAAUAAUGUGGAUGAUUACUAUUAAAUUUCCUGAAGACCUCUUUAAAGUUAUCUCUAACUGAUCUAAGAGGGUUUUUUUGUUCACUUUCCACCAGGUUUUGUCAACAGUUGGAGACCAUUGCGGUAUCUAUUACAGUGUAGACUCCCAAUGACCACACAACCCACAUUGUGAGGACAUAGAUAUACACAAAAGAGUCAUUUUCUUCCAUUUAUCGGACCCUGAACUCUGAUUGGGAAGAACCAAGAUAAGCCAAUUGGAGUUGGUUGUGGUUAGGCGUGGGCUGGUUACCGGUUUCCCAUUAAGCCAAGGUUUUAAAAAGAAUGUCAAAAAGAGCUCAUAUUCUGUGCAUUAAACAUGUUUACUUGGAAACUACUAAAUGUAGUCAAUUUUUAGUCUGGAUUCUCACUAAUAUCUGUGUACCACAGUUAAAUGUUGUUUUCAAUAAUAGCAAUUAGGCCAUGAUAUAUAUUUGUAGAUGUUCUUGUACAAAUACCAAGAUGUCCUGCUUCCUACCACCUUUUCAGUUAAGGGCAAUCAAAUUGAAAAGGGAUAUUUUCAACUAAACCCACCAACACAGAAUGUGGACACUAAUCACAGUACCCAGGAUUAUUUGUUUGUUCCCUCAGAUAUUUUAAUAAGAUUUACACUGGCAAGGUUAGAGUUCUACGCACUGUUUAACUAGCUAAUUUGGACCGCUUCUUUCUGGGGAAAUCUUGGCACACCCCCUCUGAUCUGUUUGGACCCUUUUUGAGGAAUCAUUGAACUAAGAUAACAAGAUAUUUCUGUUUAACCCCAAACGUUUCCCAUGUUAAUUCAGACCAAAACAAAAUGAAUUAACACAUCAUCAAUUAUACACAGCAAGCCAGGUGGCACUGGUGUAUAUCUGUGACCUGCUGACCAGACAGGCUCAUCAGACUGGGCUUGAUCACAAGGCGGUGGGAGUGACGAUGCUUUAACAACCACAGUGGAUGGGUUUUGUUUUAGACUAGUGCAAAUAAGUGACUCCAGCACAGAAUCAUUAAACAGUAUUUUUCAGGAAGAAUUACAAUCUGCUGCAGUGCAUGUUUCCUUACGUUGUUUUGAAGUUGACUUUACUUUGGCCUUCGCAUGUUGACUGGGUGUCAACAGACACUUAUCCAUCCGACACAUUGGAUGAAACCAUCAUCGUUGUUCCAUUUCUGUUUGAACUACAGUAAAGAUGGUGUGGAGAAAUGUCAAAGGUCAGUUAAGACUUUCAAAAGCACAAAAAUCAGUGCUGAGAAAUUCCAAGCCAUGACGAGGUCUAAAUACAACAAUUGAAGUGAUUACGUUCUUCUAACUCUUUAAUAAAAGCAGUGAAACAGAAAAUGGAAGCAUUCCCCAUCAUAAAGCUGCUUGUGAUCAGGGCAGUCAUAAUAUUUCACAGAAACUGGGAUCUGUGUCUGCAGAAGAACCUGCUGUGGUCCAACAUCAAUGCUGGGAGGUGUGCUGUCGUUUACAGAUGUAACAGUUCAGCAGGGAAAGUCUCAUGUGGAACAAUCAGUAAAUGUUGACGUGUUUUAUUACAAGCCAGAUAAAAUAUGGCCUGUCUGGCAUCCCUGAUGAAACUAAUCAGCCAGAUAUCCUGGUGUCUUUUAGUGAUUGGCAGAAAGCAGCUGUGGUCCCCAUGAGGAGGUGAAUGCACCUCCACAUGGUGGUGUCACAGCAUUGAUGUGGCAGCAUUUCCAUCUGGAUCACCUGUUUUUUAGUUGAGUCUUCGUACUUAGCACACAGAGCCUUGUUUUCUGUGGGCUUUGAAUGAACACAUCGAUGUAACUUCAUCACCUGACGGGGAGAAAAACCCUGAGAAUGGUUUGCAUUCAUAUCCUCCUGAUGAAGAAAGAACAUACUAUGGACUUACGGGCCACUGGGAUUGGACAGUAAUGGUGAUUAUUGUGUAUUAGAAGAAGCACAAGAAAAAAAAAUUAGAUUGGCUGAACAUUUAUAUUCUAAGGGUAAUGACAUACAGAUGGACUGAUCUCAUCUUCUGAUUACAAGAAAAAACUGUAGAUUGUUUAAAAUCUUAUCUCUUUUUGUUGUGAAUAAUUAAACAUUCAUUUGAACUAA